UCACUGCUGGGCACUGACUGGCGCCACUGCUAGGCAUUGACUGGCACAACUGCUGGGCACUGACUGGCACAACCGCUGGGUACUGACUGGUGGCAGCACUGCUGGGCUGCAUUAAUGGGCACUGGUGGGUGGCAUUGGUGGGCACAGGUGGGUGGCACUGGUGGGCACAGGUGGGUGGCACUUCUGGGCACAGGUAGGUGGCACUGCUGGGCACAGGUGGGCAGAGAUAGUGGGCAGCACUGCUGGGCACAGGUGGGCAGAACUGGUGGGUGGCGCUGCUGGACACCGAUCAUCAGGGCACUAGUCAUCAGUGCCCUGAUGAUCGGUGCCGAUCCCUGCUCUGACAACUGCCGGUUCUCAGCAGUACUUUCCUCACGCUCUGACAGCAUGAAGAAAGUGCAGCCGAGAACCAGCAAUUGC